GCCAUCUCCUCUGACACUGGCCCCGCUCACCGCAAACUUCUUCAAAGGGAACAUUUGUUCUCCUCUCAAGGAGACAGGCACAUCCCCUCCCCUGCUUUCAAGUCCCGGCAAAGGCGCCAGUCGGCAUGAGCGCUCUUGCUUGGAGCCUGCCAAUUACGCCAGUCCCGGAACACAGCCGAGCUCUCGUGUGGCCGCGCGUUUCAGCCGACAGGAGGCUGCCUGAGCCCCUCCCGCCAAGCGGCUCCGUGCCUGUCACCCCCGCCCCGUGCCUCUCUGUGUGGUGCCGUCUGCACCCCGUCCCCGGGGACCCCGGGCGCGGCCCCUCCACCAGCGACGACGGACCCAGGCCACAGAUAACGGUAUGCGGUUUCUGUGACGUCUAUCAAGGUGACAUCCUAAAACUAGAAAGAGGAAGUGCGCCAGGAGGAGAGACGGCCCACGGGAGCCGUGAGACCCCACCCCCUCGUACCCCCUCAGGGACCGAGACCGGCCGCCCCAGCAGGGUGGUGGGGACGGUUCGGGGGCCAGUUCCACGUGCUCCACUUUCACAGGGGCGUCAGCAGCAACCCGACACCAGGCGGGCUCUUGGGACCCCUCCACGGCCUCGGCCCCUCCUGAUCCUCCCGCACAGCAUACCGUUGCACACAGGGCGCAGCCAUCAGAGCAGCGCAGCUGGCGCCUCCACGCCUUAUCCGCAUCCCCUGCAGCAGCACCUCCUGCCUGGGCCCAUCCCCGGGCUCCAUCUGUGCCCAGCUUCCUCCUGGCUGGACUGAGUCCUGUGGCAUUGUGGCCGAACAUGUCAUCUGCCGUGGUCCUCUCAACGCGGUUUGGUUUUUUUUCCUUAUUAAUAUGGAGGGUCUGCUGGGAGCCCUCCCAGCAAGGGGCUUGGGGUCUUGCCUUAAGCCGGGCCCCCACAAACUUGAUGGAGAUGGAGAUUUGCUGAGGGAGGGUCCUGGGGCUGGGGGGCAAGGCAGGGCGGGGGAGGAGUUGGGGUGCGAUGCGUCCCCGACAGAAGCUUCUGCGGCCCACAGGUGCUCUGGAGCCUCCGUGGCUUCGGGGUUGUCCCCCAUGCUGAACAGUCGUCAACUUGCUAGCGUGAGACCCAGGAGAGGGACUCAGCUGUGAGCCGUCUGUCGCCACCACCCCUCAGUCCCCAAGGAGGUUGGGGCAGCGCCAGGCUGUCGUAUGCUCUCGGGCAGCCUCGCUGCUUGGUAGGCCCUGGAUCCAGGGUAGGCGGGAAUGGAGCCUCGCUGUGCUGGACUGAACUGUGUCCCUCCCCUUCCUGUGCAGAAACCCUAACUCCCACCUCAGGUGCGGCCUCAUUUGGAGUUAGGGUCUUUAAAGAGCCUGAGUUCUAGCUGAAGGUUCUGCAAGCUGGAGGAAGGAAGGAAGAUGUGAGCCACUGCAGGUUUGGAGGAUGGUAAUUAAUGUUAAAGGCAUUCAGUAAUUUAAUGGGACAGGCUGUAUUUUACCCCGCGUGUCUCUGGCAUUUUUAGUCCCCUCUCAGGUUUGUCCUUGGCACGGACACUAUUGGCUGAGGACGUUUUCCUGAAGCAACUCUGAGGUCCAGCUGCCCACCUCAGGGCUGGGGCGGAGGUGAAGUUAGUGCUGAUCAGAUUCUCUCUGAGCAACAGCCAUGAGCAGAGGCCAGAUAGCCACAGAGGGCCAGGGCUCUCCGGGCAGCAGCUGGCUGGCACUGGCACUCGGGCGGGCACACGGGCGCUCCCUGCCCAGCACUCCCUGCCUGGCCCCUUCUGCCACCGGGGCUCCUGGGUCUGCUCUCUCAGUGAACAGCCUUCCCUCCUCCAACCAGCUCAGACACCCCCUCCCCCCACCCUAGGUGCAUGUCUGGCCUCUCCAGGUGGCUCCUGCGUGGGGUGAUUCAGCUUCCUCACAGCAUGGUGGCCGGGUCCCAAGAGUGAGUGCCCAGGAUAUCCAGGCAGAAGCUGCAGAAGUCACAUUUUAGCUUCAGAAGCAGUCACAAGUCCCCACCCCCAGAUUCAAGGGGAGGGGACACAGGCUCCAUCUCUUGAGGGAAAGAAUGUGGGUGCCAGUUUUAAAACAUCCUCAGCAGGGUACCCUCCCACGAAGGUGCCCAGGCAGUGCUGGGACGGGAAGACCCUAGAAUUUCGGCAAACCGGUGCCUCUCGGACACUAUAUUUCCAACCACAGAUAGAUAAGUCGGGGGGGCAGAGAAGAGUGCUUGGACCCCAAGGGGGGUCACAGGGACCUCGGCCUCCCCAUCCAUGGCUCUCUGGCCCAGGACCCCUCCUGUACCCCACAUGGCCACCAGGUUGUCCAUUGGACUCCAAGGAGGACCAGCCAGAGCUGGGAUGGAAGGCGAGGUGUGCCCUGAGGGUGGACGUCCCCGGCAGCCCCCACUCCGUGCACGAGCACAGCCUCCCUGUCAGCUUCUUUGAAAGUUGAGAGCGUCUUUUGUAUUGCAAAGGCCAAAGGGCCAAGCACGCCUUUAAUUAAAAUGCACGUCCUUUAAUUAAAGGCCUCAUAACACAUGAAGGGCAUCCACUGAAAUACGAUGUGUGACAUAGUCAUUACCCUGCUGUUAAUUACUAAUUAAUGAAGCUAUUUCAAUUAAUAGCUUCCCCACCGUCGCUCCCCCUCGGACAGGCCCCCUGCUGGGCACGUCGGAACACAGACCUCGGCUCCGCGCCAGCAGCCGGCGAUGCUGAAUAUUCAUGCCUUGACUUCCACGCUUUACAAUUAAACACAAUAAAGUAAAUUCCCAUCAAAAGUAUAU